AUGGCCGAAAAUGUCCCACCGGGCACUGCGCCCAAGGGGUCAGCGAUUGCCGACCGACCCGGACUUCCAUACUAUGAGAAGCUGAGGCGGGACCUGCGCGAUACAAUCCAGAAGAAGCGUCUGCUUGAUCGCAACCUGGCUGCUAUAGAAGAUCAGAUCUACCGGCAGGAGACUGCAUACCUUGAAGAAACCUCCAUCGCAGGAAAUAUUGUAAAGGGGUUCGACAACUACAUCAAAGCGUCCGCGGUUUCGGCCUCAGCAAGUUCCGCAGGAGGCACAGUUUCUGGAAGCGCGGUUGGUGGCGGGGCUGGAGCAGGGCGGCGAAAAGCUGUUGUCAACGAUUCCGAUCGCAUAUUCUCCCGGAGUUCAGUAUCCUAUCUGAGAGACUCCGAUUCACCAAGCAGUGCCACCAGUACGCCUAAUCAUGCGGGAACGCCAACCGGCAGUUUCACAACCGAGCGAGGAGCGGACAAGAAGAAAAAGAAGAGCACUACAGCCCAUGAUGACGAAACCGAAGGAAGAGCAAACAAGCGCCAAAAAAUCUCUUUUGGAAGCGCGAGGAAAGCUCACGAUGGUUGA